AUUAUCAUUAUGUGGCGCUGGCUGGGAGUUUUAGGGUAGAAGGGAAAGGGCUUCGCUGAGUGAUUACGCGAACGGAGGCAGGGAGAGAGGCGGCCGUCCGUCGGCGGAGACAGAGGGAGGAAGAGAGGGGAAUCAUCAAAGGAAGCAAUCACGUGAUCGAUCAAGAUCAAGAUCAGAGAAUGGAGGGUUGGGACCGGAACACGAAAUCUGCUCUGACGCAGAUCCCGCUUCUGUCGACGCGGGCGGGGCCGCGGGAUGGGGCGGCGUGGACGCAGCGGCUGAAGGAGGAGUAUCGGGCGCUGAUCGCAUACACGAGCAUGAACAAGGCCGGAGACAACGACUGGUUCCGCAUCGCCGCCGCCAACCCGGAGGGCACCCGCUGGGAGGGCACCUGCUGGUACGUCCACAACCUCCGCCGCUACGAGUUCGCCCUCCAGUUCGACAUUCCCGUCACCUACCCGGCCACCGCCCCCGAGAUCGAGCUCCCCCAGCUCGACGGCAAGACCCACAAGAUGUACAGGGGAGGGAAGAUCUGCCUGACCGUCCACUUCAAGCCCCUCUGGGCCAAGAACUGUCCUAGGUUUGGAAUUGCACAUGCCCUGUGCUUGGGCCUUGCGCCGUGGCUUGCAGCAGAGGUGCCCAUUCUGGUGGACUCCGGCAUGGUGAAGCACAAAGAUGACGAGGCAUCAUCUACCGAAUCUUAAGUAUGCUUAUUAGUUUUGGUGAUAAUAAACUUCUACCGGAGAAAGUGGUAACUCAAUGAUUUAACUGAUACAUACUAUGAGUUAAUUGACAAGUACUGCAUACUAUAUAUUAUGAGUUGAGAUUAUAUCAAUUAUAUUGUGCUCUCCCUUUUCAAAUA